AUGUACAACUACCUGUGGGUUGAAGGCGUUCGCCCUGAUAGUUCUGAUAUAAAAAAUGUUUUCAAGUGUUUGUAAGCAAAUAUACCUAGAAAAGCAAAGUGCUGUGUUUUUAAUUGGUUCGACGUAACAUCUGUGUGGCAUAGGUUUCCAAAAAAUGAAAAAGACGUAUUUCUUAUAUGGAAACAUCGAGCUCAACACCCGAGAUUUUAGCGAAAUUGGUGACAAACAUAUGCUGUAUAAGAUAUCAAAUAUAUGUAUACUAGUCUAAUUCAAUCAUCAAUUUAAUUACCCUUUUUUUAGUAAUAAUUUUAUAAUACGUGAAAAAGUAUUCCCAACUCUAAAUUCGAAUUUCCCGCUACCAAUUACUCAUUACUCUUUAGUACUGAUUGCAACUACGGCAAGGAAAGUGGCGCUGACUUUUCCGCACCUCGUAGCAUUGGAGUGACGCUUCUAUGAGCAUAUCUUGUGUCGGGUUAGGUUGAGUUAGUUAAUUCUUUCUGUGAUUGUGUCAGUCGUCAUAGUUUUGAUAUUAGGCGACGUUUCUUGCACUUAAACAAAAUCUUAUUAUCGUUGAAGAGUUACAUAGAGGUUUUGAACAAAAACAAAUAAUAUGGGUUGCGACGGUGGAACGAUUCCUCGGCGGGACGAGUUGGUGCGAGUUAAGAAGAAGCCAGAACAGAAAGACAAAGAAGCUGAGUUAGCAUUCAGAUGGAAACAUUGUGCUAUCCGACAGCUGCCCUUGCAGUCCCCUGUAGUUGCGUGUGGUCUGGGUCGAUUAUAUAGCAAAGAGUCAGUCAUUGAAGGAUUACUGGAUCGUACUAUGCUGCCCGAUACUGCCAAACAUAUCAAAAGUGUAAAAGAUGUUAAAGAUUUGAACUUGACUGAUAACCCGGCAUAUGAGGGUCCUAAGGCUGAGAAGGGUGAUUGUUAUGUUGACGGAGGAAGGAGCCCUUACAUUUGCCCAGUCAUUGGCCUUGAAAUGAACGGCAAAUACAAGUUCUGCUUCUUGUGGUCCUGCGGGUGUGUGAUGAGCGAACGGUCGCUCAGAGAAGUCAAAACUAAAGUGUGUCACAAGUGCCAGCAGCCUUUUGAUGAAACUGAUAUUGUUAUAAUGAAUGCGGAGGGUGAGGAUUUGGAACAAAUGGAACAGCGUUCAGCAAUGAGGAAGCUUCAAAGAAAAGCUCAGAAGAAAAGAGUGCACAAUGUGGAAAAAACAGAAGGUGAGGGAAGUGUUGAAGCAGGAGAAGGCAAAAGUAAGAAGAAAAUUAAGAAGGAAGAAAGUGAAGGACCAACCAAGAGUAGUCAAAAAAAUUCAGCGGAAGAUCCCGCUUAUAAAAAAUCCAAGGACAGCUACAGUGUUGCCAAGGAUCCAAGAGCAACUGAGGUUUUCAAGAGCCUCUUCACUUCGCACAAGUCAGCCAGCGAGCAAACUAGAGCCCAUUGGGUUACUUAUAAUCCGUUUUAUAACUAAGAUUUACUGUAAAUAUUCAUUUCCUCCACAAGACGAGCUGGAAAAAACAACCGUGUUUAUUUGUGUAUCCUUAUCUGUGAUUCAAUAUCACGGAGUUAGAGUAGACAAUGAUCUUGACGAAUCUAACGUCAUUCACAUUAAUUCAAAUUUAUAGAAAAAUUAAUUUCACAUAACACGAGGUUUGUUGUUUACAUCUGUUUAUUUUAUGUAUCUAAAUAAAAAAAAGUUUCGUUAGAUUUA